AUGUCGUCCCCGGCCGUGCUCCUGUUUCUCUCUGCCGCGCUUGUAUUACCGUCAGCCCGACCUUCCGAGUUCCGCGGGGUUCGUUUCACCAUUCGAUUUCCGUUUCAAAAAUCAUCCUUGAGUUUUUUUCCGAUAAAAAAAAGACUAACAGACCAAAUUCUGAAAUAGUUUGAGCGUUCUCUGUUCCGUUCUAGGAUACAAAGCUGUGUUUUUAUAACUAGGAAAAACUUUCCACUUGAGGGGCUCCUGAAGGUUUACUUAGAGAGGACACUAAAGUGGCCACUGAAUCCCUCUCUAUAGAAGCCACUAUUUCGCGUUUCAGUGCCCGCUACAAUUGUUUUAAGUGGUCUAGUAGUACCAAUUAGAAUUACGAAGAUGCGACUAAAUUUUAGCCACUUAAGUGUCCACUAAUUCUACAACUAUAGUUAUUAGUAAUCUAAAUUUGCUACUAGGAAUUUUCCUAGAAUGAUUUAGAUUUUCCAAAGUUAAAAAAACUCCAGAUACCAUUUCUCCAGAGACUUUUUUUUAAUCUAAUUGUCGUUAGCUAGAAGUUUUGUUUCCAGAAUGAAAGUUUGCAGGUGACGCCAGUUGAUCCAGUCUACCUCGUCGUCCCGUUGCCUCAAAAUGAGAUCAUAGACCGCGCCCGAAAUCCUUUCCACCUUUCCAUAAAUAAGGUUUUUUCCAUUUCUUGCAAUUUCUCCCACAGUGAGCUGCAAAAACUGUGCUUGGAAUUAUGAUGGAACUUGAUUGAGUUAUCAAUAAACGGAUAGCGGUUCAUUUCGAGGAAUCAUAAAUCGUUUUGAGAUUGAUUUUUUUUUUCGGAUUUUCUUAGUUUGACGGAAUUUAGAUUAUGAAAAAAAAACUUGGCAAAAAAACAAAUAAUUUUUGCUUCACGUAAGUAUUCACAGUUUUUUUCUCACUUUCUCUCGUUUGUCUUUGAGGGAAUUGUUAAAAAAACGCUGUGUUUUUACCGUUUGGGACUUUUUUUGUUCGUUUUUCUCAGUUUGAGUUUUUGGCUUUUUUGUCAUUGAUUUUUUUAUUCAAUUUCAACAGUUUUCUGGGAAGAAAAAGGCAUGUAUUUCGAUCUCAAAAAAUUUUUUGAAAUGAAAAAAACCGAUUGAAAUGAAAUUUUGAGGUGCGCCCCGUUAUCGACCUGGCUUUGGAGGCUGCCUACGAAAAACAGUUCGUUUUGAUUUUCAAGUUAAAACUUCGUUUUUGCUGUAAUAUAAUUCCUAAAAGUUAUUUCGGAAGGUUCUGGCUAGCUUUGACGACUACUGUAGUUGCUACGGGCGCGAAACAACCUUUUGGCGCCAAAUUUGAUUCGAGAACCUUUUGCGAUUGAAAAGAAAGUUGUAGAACUAUCUUGCUGUCACCAGGUGUCUCAACGGAUGUACCCGUAAUGAACCCGCUUUUGGUCUCUUCGUGUCUCAGUUGGGCUGAAACGGGUGUAAGAAGAAGUAUGUGAUCUAGCUGUGUUUGUUUCGAAAAUCUGAGACCCAACUGUGUUAAAACGGUGUCUCAGCUUGGGUAAGAAAUGCCAAAAGUUCUGUUAGCUGUGCUUAUACGGGUUUAAAACGGGUGCACCAGAUGAGAUCUCGUGUUAGCACGGCUGGUCUAUCCUCAUCAGCAUGAGGGGUUUUUUUGCUAAAACAUUUUUGAUUUCUCGAGUCCCACGUUUAGUUCAGAACAUUCUCAGGUGAUCGUUAUAGACAAUUUGUACAACAGGAAAUUUAUUUUUCCCUCUAGAAUCGUACCUCGCGACUCGAUAAUCGUCACCUAUCGCGAUACGAAAACUUCCGAUGCUCAUGGACCGAAUAUCGCCGUCGAGCUGUAUGUAAAGGUAAGUCUUUUCAUGACUUUUUCGGAAAUCUUGAUUUUCCCAGAAACAAAUGGACUGCAUAAUCGGCUACGCCUACGUCUACGCGCUAGCUCCGGUCGCCCGAAUGACGCCGUUUUGGGGCAACGGAAUCCCCGUCAUCACGCCGAUCGGACUCACGAUGAACCUCGAUGACAAGACCGAGUACCAGCUCAUGACGCGCAUCAGCAGUCCCUAUAAGGUCUCGCAACAAUUGUAAUUUCGGUUAAAGACUAUGGACGUACGGUAAUUAAGAUACGGUUUUCGAGAGAAGAAAAAAAAAAUUCAAAGACUUGACUGUUUGCAACAGGAUUUUUUAUAGGCUUGAAAAAUCUGAUUUUUCUGAGCCUUCUCAUGUUGACGCGCUUUUUUCAAGUUUGUAUGACCUCGGUGAUGAGGGAGUAGAGAGUGCAGACAGAUCAGAAUGCUUCAAGUCUGUAUGAAUGGCCUUAACCAUAACAAGAAAAGUUGAGGGAGUCGUCAGAAAAGGAUCCUAAAAAGAAGUCUUGCGUUUGAACUCUCAUUUACCACCACAAGGUGUGAUCCAAUGUUUCUAGCUUUUCACAAAAAAAAAGUCCCAAAGAGAAUUUUCUCAGAAUCCCGAAAUUCUCCGCCUUCAUAAGGGAGCAAAGCUAUAAAGUUUUCAAAGUUUAGUUUAAGUUUUUCUUAUCUUAGUUCUUGAAGAAAACUCUCUUUUUCCAUUAAAAUGUAGCACCACACUAACUCUAAUACAACUUGGAUGCAGUUGGCGGCGAAAGCGAUGAAAAAUCUGUUCUUGACGCAACAGUGGAGGCAGCACGUCUACAUGUUCCACCACCCGAAAACGAAUCCGUCGCUGCCGGUCGACGAGUGUUUCAUGUUGAUGGCCAGCGUCCAGAGCAUGGUUCGGGAGGUCGGUUUCCAAUAUUUGACAUGACCAGUCGGGCUGCCAAGAACAAGCCUUACUCACUAGGGAAGCUUUUCUACCCCCUCCGUUAAACUUUUGAUGAAACUUUGCUGAAAUAUACUUUAGCUCUGAACUAGGGCGCCUUAAGGCACGCCCGGAUGUUUCUCUGCCCCAUGCUGUUUCGUCGUUUUCUCGUAGUCAGAGAGUGAAGAAACAGCAUAUGGCAAAGAAAUAAUAGGGCACGCCUUGAGGUGCCAUAGUUCAGAGAGGACCUGCUCAUUCGGAAACAAGAAAAAAAUUGUCUCGCGAUAGAUAAUGAAAAAAGAUCAAGCCUCAAAAAAUAAUUUUUGAAACUUUUCAUCGCAACAUUUUUUAGCAUUCAGUCUUUUGUAGAAGUUUUUCUAGCGAUUGGUCGUUUCUAGUUUUUGAGAUGAACUCUGAAUAUUGAAAAUCGACUUUACCUACGUUCCAAAAAAAGAAUCUCUUGAGCCGGAAAGUUCGGAAAUUGGCAGCGUUUCAUUUUUUUAUUCCAGAGUUAAAAAUCUUGGAGGAAAUAAUAAAAACUCCCUUUCCUCAAUAUGGUUGCAGGCCGGUGCAAGUUCCAACUUUCCAGAGUAACGUAGUAGAUUUCUGUAUGUAAUUGGAGGUUUUCCACCUGCUCAUUUCAUAUAAAUUUCUCAGGUUAAGGUCACUAAUUUUCAAAUAGAAAACUACAAUUUCAAUUUGAUGCUCCAAAUUUGUCAGAAAAAAAUGCAGUUCCCUGGCUCGCCGUAUAGGCGCCAAAGAGCGGGAAUCGUCACAUCAAAGUGCCUCAUUUUUCCUGCCGAAACAUGGAAAAUUGCCAGAAAUAACCCUGAACCUAUGUCGAGCAAAUUGCAGGAAGGGAGCUCUUUUUAUUGUUUUUUUUGUACUAAAUUUGAACGGAUGGGUUUUUGAGAUUUUAUUUGGAAGUUAACUAGUAAACUUCUUCGCGUUCAAAAGUAAUGCUAUGAGAUGAGUGCAAUCUCUUGAUAGGGUAACAGUGUUAAAAAGAUUUAUUGUUUUCUUUGAACGGAAUCGGUGGAAAAGCUAGCGUUUGGCUUUUCACUCUGUUUUUCUGCUUGACUUCCUUAACAGUUGCUAUUUCAUUCAAUUUCGAUUUCAAGGUCAUCGAAAUGCAGCACAACUAUUUCGUGUUCAACGAAGAUAGCGUCGAGCCGCGGGAAACCAAAAGAGCCGAAUACAGGAAAAUCCUGUCGCAGAGCAGCUUCAUCGGAAAAGGUCAGUUUCAGGGGCUUUUUAGAGAUUUUUUUUUUGAAUAGAUUGUACAGGUUUUUAAAGGGGGUUUCCGAUGUUGGAUUUUAUAUUGUCUGGUUCGUUUUUUUUAGAAAGUCAAUGGGAGUGAGUUUUUUGGGGUUACCAAUUUCUUACUUAAAAAACCAAAUUUUUAAAAUCCUUUUGAACUCCCCGGAGUUAUCCGUGGGACAACAAAAGAUUUUUAGAGGGUCUUUCUGAUUUUAUGUUUGAAAUUUUUCUCUGAAUUCUUUCAAGCAAUCGAGAAAAAACAAUUAGAACUUUGUCUUCGAUUUUGAAGUACAGAGACAUUCAAAGCUCAAGACGUUCGUUCUAAUGAACUAUUCCACUAA